CGAUCGUAUCGCGGUCUGCACCUUGUCCUUUCCGGUCACCUCCCGUGCACAUCUGACUGCCUGUUCGGAGUGCGGACAUGGCUGCGGCUGCCUCGCGGGGUCUUCUCGUCGACGUGCACACGCAUGUCUACCUCCCCCGCUAUGUCUCCUUCCUGCGUUCCCGCACCUCAGUUCCCCGCAUCUUCUCCAGGAGCACCCCAGAUGGCCGCACGGAGGAGAGGCUGCUCAUUCUCGAUGCUGAGCCGAGCGGCGGGCGUCCCAUGGGACCACAGUACUUUGAACGGGACCUCAAGUUGAGGUUCAUGGAGAAGCAUGGCAUCGACAUAUCCAUCGUGAGUUCGGCCAAUCCAUGGCUUGACUUCCUACCUGCGACCGCGGCGCACCAGCUAGCAAACGAACUAAACGAUGACCUCGAAAUGUAUUGCUCUACAUCCGCGAACGUACACGGCAGCUCGCUCAAGCAGCUUUACGGUCUCGGCCUCCUGCCCCUCGUACCGGAAGUGACGACCACUUCCCUGCUCGAGACCGUGCGGCAGAUAUCCGCUCUUCCUCAUCUGAAGGGGAUUAUCAUGGGCUCGCGCGGUCUCGGCAAGGGCCUGGACGACGACGCACUCGAACCGGUGUGGGCGGCACUCGAGAAGGCAGGACUCGUCGUGUUCCUCCAUCCGCACUACGGCGUCGACGGCAAGGAAUGGGGCGACAAGGAGAACGGCCAUGUCCUCCCGCUCGCUCUGGGUUUCCCCUUCGAGACAACCAUCGCCAUCACGCGCCUCAUCCUCUCAGGUGUAUUCGACCGCUUCCUCAGCCUGCGCAUCCUCCUCGCACACUCGGGCGGUGCUCUCCCGCAGCUGUCCUCCCGCCUGGCUUCCUGCAUCGACCACGACCCCGUCGUCGCCUCCCGCCUCAAGCAUGACGCACGCUUCUACCUCGGCAAGCUCUACCUCGAUGCCGUCGCGUACGGGUCCGAGGAGCUGGGCUUCGUCAGUGACGUUAUAGGCCGCGCGGAGAAAUUCACGCAGAGCGGGUCCUCCGCCGGGGCUUCGGCGGGUGCGGGUCUCGAGCAGAGGAAGUUGGGUAGCAAGCGAAUGCUGUUCGGCACCGACCACCCGUUCUUCCCACCGUUGCAGGAAACUGACAAGUGGAAGAGCGUGGUGGAGAACCUGGAAGCUAUCGAUGGCGUCUAUGGUUGGAGCGAGGAAGACAAGGGGGCGUGAGGGGAGGUAACGCGCUCGCGUUGUUCGGGCUGCAGAACGCAUAGAGUGCGCAGAACUGGGCCCGCGCUUGCUUACUGCUACAUUGUGAUAUCCUAGAAGAAUAAACAAGUACUCUACA